UUGAAAAUUGCUGUUAUUCAUUCAUCUGCAUCGCUGUUGUGCAUUGGAACUGUGUGCAAAACCUGCCGUUUCCAGCUAUUCAGUAUUUUUAAGGAAUUGCAGAGAAGAUUUACUGACACGUUUAACGAGCAAGAACUCCGUUGCAUGUAUGUCAAAUUCGUCGGUAGAAUCAGUAUGUUUCCGUCAGUGAAUGUACUUCCGUGCACAGUUCUUCUGGCACUGUUGCACUCCACCGCUGGCAAAAGCAAAGAUGGUGACGAAUUCAACAGUGACAGUGCCGGUAUGAUCUCUCCGCUACCCGACUUCAACACGGAACCGAUGACGCGCGACCAGUGCGAGCUGCAGUUCACCGCCCACUGCGGCGUUCGCACCAACAUCGGCAACUCGCUGGCCUGCGCCCAGAACCACGGUCUGGCCCUUAACUGCAGCGAUGCAGCGUCUAACGAGGAAGUGCACAAAUUAGCACUGGCAUUGUCCCAACCGCCCCUGAAAGCCGUCUCCAUCAGUCUGAGCGACGGCCCGCAAAUAUCCUUCGACAACCUGGCACCGGUCCGCCAACAGACCGUGGUCUUUCACUUGCGCAAUUGCCGUUCCUCGCGCGCCACGAAGAAGCUGGCCCAGCUGCUAAUGCCGCAUUUGCUGGAGUUCGGCGCGCAUGACUGCCGAUCGUUGAACGUGCGGCGAGCGGACUUUUGGCCGUCGAUCAAGCUGCGUCUGAUCCAGUUUGUCAACAGCACACUGGAGUCCCUCGAAACCGGCACCUUCGCGGACUUGCCCGGACUGCGGCUGCUUUCGCUGGAGCGCGGAUUCAGUCAAAUGGAGCUCUUCCCGGAAGACGUGCUAGCGUAUUUGAUGCGGUUGCACUGCGGCGGCGAGUUUGAGCCGUUGCGGCGUUGGUGGCGCGUCAGCGGCUUGUUGCAGCAAGCGACGGAAGGCGCCGUCUAUCGCAUCGAGUACGAUUCGUGGAAGAACGAAGACCUGAGCAAAAGCGAAGUUUUCAUGCCGAUCGACUGUGCCGCGAUGCCGUUUCCCAACGGAUCGGCUUCGGUCGACUUUACGAUGGAAGUUUUUUCCGUUAACGAAGGCCUCCGCCCAGGACUUGGAUAUCGCUCUUUCAACUGGACAGAAAUCGUCGACGAAUUCCCGACGUUUUCGACCGAGCCGGUGACGGAGACCGAAUGCCAGAUAUUGUCAAUUGCCAAAUGUUAUUAUCUACAGCGCAGACCACUCAGUAGCUGCAAGAAUAAUCCAUUCACGCCCGAGAGAGCCGGACAACAGCCGGAACCUGACUGCAGUGGCGCUGCACGGAAGCGCGAAAUUCAAGAGCUGGCAGUUGGGAUGGCCAAGCACCGACUGCGACCAACAACUCUGGUAAUCGGUCAGGAAUGGAAUAUCACAUCCGCCGACUUAGCUCCUAUUCGGAGGACUAUAGUCGUCUUCGACGUGGACGGCUGCACGGGAAGCCGUGGGACGCAGACGGCCGACGAGCUCCGACUGAGCAGUCUUCUGCACUUCGGCAUAAUGGAGUGCAGCGAUCAGGUUGUGCAACGGAGUGACUUCCAGCGCUUACCGAAAUUGCGGGAAUUACUGUUCUGCAACACCACGUUGCGCAGCCUGGAAUUCGAUGUAUUCGGCGCUCUGCCUGACCUGCGUCUGCUGGCGCCUGAGUUUGAUUUCUUUUACAUGAACGGUUCCGAGUAUUCCGACACUGUAACCGAGAAUUUGCCUUUGCCUCCGCGGAUCAUCGACUAUGUGUGGCGUCUGCACUGCGGCUGCGAUUUCGCAUGGUUCCGGCAAUGGUGGACGAAUAACACGCGGCUCUUGCACGGUCAGUACACUGACGGGGGCGAAGUGUGGGCCUUUCGGGACUUUGUCAGAAACCAGCCGUAUAAUCGCGAAGACAUAUUCCUACCCAUAGACUGUGCACAGCUCAUUCCCCGAGUUGCCGCCAGCAUCAACACCACGGAAACCGCUUUUUCACGACACGCAGAACCUUGCAUUGGUCAAUGACGUUAAAAAGGGUUGACCCGCCCGUUGACUAUAAAGGUCGGCGAGUUUACGGUAUGCCUUUUUUGAAGACAAAACCAUGUAUGUGUUGAACUCUGUUGCUGUAGUUUUUCGAAGGUUUCAAAGGUACAUGGAUGCAUUGCCGCUACAGACAAAUACCGAAAGUGUUGCUAAUCCGAGAAACUACAUUGUCGACUUAAAUUGAACCAAGAGUCGUACAACGUGGCCCUAUCGUACGUACAGCAUAGAUCACGCUGUAGUUUUGCGGUCAAAUUAAUUUUGACUCAACAGUACCUGAGUACCCGGAAAUGUAAUAAAAUACAUACAUCAA